AUGCCUAUCAACCAACCGUCGAAUCAGAUCAGACUCACGAAUGUCUCGAUCGUUCGCCUGAAGAAAGGAGGCAAACGCUUCGAGAUCGCAUGCUACAAGAACAAGGUGCAGGAAUGGCGGAACGGCGUCGAGUCCGACAUCGAUGACGUUCUGCAAAUCGCCAACGUCUUCGUCAAUGUCUCUAAAGGCGAGCUCGCCAAGCACCAAGACCUGAAAAAGGCCUUCGGCACUGAUGAUCAAACCACCGUCGUAAAAGAGAUCCUUCAAAAGGGCGAGCUCCAAGUCGGCGAGAAGGAGCGCGAGCACGACCUCUCCUCCGUCCGCCGCGAGAUUGCGACGCUCGUCGCCGAGAAGUGCGUCGACCCCGCGACCCAGCGUCCGUACCCGGUCGGCGUGAUCGACAAGGCGAUGACCGAGGCCGGCUUCUCCGUCCGCCCGGGCAAGAACGCGAAGGCGCAGGUGGCGGAGUGCAUCAAGCUGCUCCAGACCGACUCGAAGCUUCCCAUCCAGCGCGCGCGCAUGCGUGUGCGCGUCACCGUCCCCGUCGCAGAUGCGGACGAGGCCAAGGUGCGGACUAAAGUGCGGGAGAGCGCGGAGGCGGUGGAGAAGGACGAGCUUGGCGCGGAUGAGUGGGAAGCGGUGAUGCUCAUCGACCCGGGCCAGUUCCGCGUCCUGAACGAAUUGCUGCAGAAGGAGUGCAAGGGACGCGGCCGCCUAGAAACGAUGUCGUUCGCUGCGACUGCCGGGAGUUGA